AUGUCGCAACCUGGUUCAGUAAAAGAACAUACUUUUAUUAGUUCCAACCAACUUAGAUUGCCCUACGAAGAAUACAAAACAGAGAAAGCAGACAUUAAUGAUACACCCUCAAUUAGCGAGGAUGUUGAGAGAUCAGAAAUUCUUCAAUUUAAUAAAUUUCCAUUUCCAGAUAAUAGCCACGAUUUUUUUGACAUCAGUCAUAACGGGAAAGAAAUUGUACUUCAACCAUCAGAUGCAACUCAGGUAAAUAGAUCAAGAGAUCUUAGUAACUAUGUCUUCAAUCAUUUCAUUCAAGAAGAAGACACAUUAGUUGGAGAAUCUAUGAAAGAAAAAGACGCAGCAGAUAUUGGUGAUCUUUUAAAUUUGGAUUACGUUUUAAGCGAUGGAUGGACACCCAGCGAUUCAAAUAACAUCAAUCACUUCUCUAACUUUACACAAAUAUCAGAGCUGUCAAAAUGUCAGAUUAGUUCAUUUGGACAGGAUUAUCCUAUUCAUCAAGAAGAAGGACUCACAUCAGUAGACUAUCAAGAACAAGGUCAUAUCGAGACGGUGUUAGGAAAGACAGCAUCGAUUUCACCUAAUUUACCAGUAUCACACGGCAGUAGUGCUUCAGAGAGUCUUGCUAACUGCAAAAAAAGAGGCAGAAAGAGCUCGCAUUUUGAGCCAGGGGAAUCAUUAAACGAUCGAUUUUUAAAAUACAGUAAUUUUGGACAAGCCAAUGAUAAGGUCCCUUUAUCAGUAGUGGGAUCUUCUGUAACAUGUUUAUCAGUCGGAAUUGAUUAUGGGGGAUAUACAGGUACUAUUUUGGAGCUUAUUGAAGAUUGCCCUAGUCUCUUGAACAAUUACUGCAAACCCCAUAAUACUGAGGAACAAAAGCAAAACGCAUUGGUCUUGUAUCUGGACUUCAAUGGCCCAAUAUCGUCUGCUUCUGCUGUGAAGCAAAGAACGAAGUAUGUGAGAAAUAUUGAUGCUAUUCAAAAUUCUGUUCGAGAUAUAGUCUACAAAACUAGUUCAGUAUUUAGUUUACUGAACCCAUAUGAACCUCAAUAUUAUAGGUUCGAAUUGAAUGAAAAUGGGAAUCUUGCGAAUGAGACAAAAUGCGGGAUGUGUCCAUACUGCGAAGAAGUUAAAUUUCUUCCAUUCAAAAAUAGCAGUUAUCUUUCACAUUUAACAUUAGAACAUGGGAUCUUCUCUAACAAUUAUCUUACUCCUAACGGCCUCUACUAUGGUAAAUAUUUGAUCUCCAAGAAGGAUAAGAUUGGAGCUGAAAAGAAUAGUCCGAAAGCUCGUGAGGUUGAUGGAAUUCAAUGUCCACAAUGUUUCGAAGUGAUUGAGGUAGGUUGUUGGAGUAUGAAGUCAAAUAAAUUAUUGAGCUACUUUAGACAUUUCAAGAAUAAACAUGGAGAUGAAAUUGAUUUUUUAAAAGACAAAGCCAUACAAGAUCCAGCUAUUCAACCGCGAGGAAGGACAUUGAAAGUAAUUGAUUGA